AUUCUGGUGCUUAGCUCUUAAGAAUCAUGUAUUCGUGUUAAAGUGUAGUAAGGAAUUUUGAAAAUGCUAGCAAAAGAAUUAUUUAUGACUUUAAUAACAUUUAUUGUAUUUUGUCAUGGAACUUUGGAUAAAAAUGUUAAUUCAAGGAUUAAGAGACUACACGAAGACCUAUCAAAAUCAGAAGAAAAUGUCCAAAUUACUAAAAACGAUGAACCAACAUCUAGAAAUGACGAUUUAAUAAAUUUACAUAUAGACGACGUUACACGAUUAUCACAGAAUAUACCUAAAUUAUCUAAUAUUAAAAAUAUAAUAACUAAUUCUAUACCAAUACCAGGACAGUUUUUAGGAGAUAAUAAUGAAAAUCAACAAACAGAAUUAAAUAAAAAACCAAAUGACUCACAAGGUAUAGAAUCGAUUAAGAAUAACAUUGAUUCCACCAUUGUUCCAACAAAACGUAGACCAACAAAGAAAAAGGUUGCUAAGAAUAAUAAAAUAAAUGAUAUUACAAGAUCAGAUCAAAAUAAAUUACAUAAUAAACCACACAAUCUUACUGAAAAUCUAGUGCGUAGACUCUACAUAGAGUCUAAUGGGAACUGGGAGAUGAUGACCUUUAUGUAG